AUGGACGAACUAAAAGUGUACCAAAGGAGGGAGGAGCAUGCUUCCAGAGGCAAUGCCAUGGAAGAAAAACAAGUUCAGAAACAGAAUUUUUUGUUCCCACCCACGCCUGUAAAGCCCAUUACACGAAGGUCACAAAAAACCUAUGCUAGAAGAAGGUUGAAGAAAAAUUUGAGCCACAAUGGUUUAUUGAUCACUGAUUCCCAGUUGGACCUGGAGGAUUCUAAUGGGGUUUCUUUGUUUUCUGCUGCUCCAAGUUCUUCAGAGGAAAACAAGGGACUGAGUAACCCAAUUGCAGCUUUGCCCACAAAGGGAAAGAUUGUCUUGGAGUCUGAUGACACAAAUUAUGCUUAUAUGGACUCUGAGAAAACAAGCAAAGGUUUUCUGGAAGCAGAAUUGGCAGUAGAACACGUUGCAAAGAAUGAUAAUGAAGUUUUGACAAUGUGCGAGGAACAGCUCUUUCAAGGGAGCAGUGUAACUUCUCCAACUCCUCAGUCAUCUCCCAGUGCAACAAAUAGGAGCUCCUUUGACAGGAUGAGCACUUGUUUCUCUCAAGUUGUGCAAUCUCAUAUUGAUGCAGAAAAGCCAAAGGAGCCAAUUGGAGAUAUGUUGCCUAGUGUAGAGCUGUGGCUUGGUCCUGCUGCCAUCCCAGAUUCCAUGUCACAAUGCAAAUCCGGUAAGGAUUCUCUUGAAGCGGAUUUAUUUUAUUUCAUUUAA